GUAAGUUAGAAAUACUUUCUUGGUGUAUAGGAGAAAAUGGAUGGAUAGAUGCAUAGAUAGAUUGGUGAAUAGAGAAGAAAAAAAAAGAAAAAAAGACUUGGAUAGAUACAUAUCUCGGAACGGACGAGGAAGCCAGACGAAACGAUUAACAUUGCCAUUACCAUUGCAGAUGUCCGCUCCCAUUGAAGAAAAGCCCGUCGCAGUCGAGGAGACCACUCAGGAAGUUCCUCUUGAACUCGAAGAGGAGGAGGUCACUGUUGACUCCCCCCAGUCCCGUGGUGAGAAGAAGGCUCGCAAAGCCAUCCUUGGUCUCGGCCUCAAGCGCGUCGCUGGCAUCAACCGUGUCACCUUCACCCGUGCCAGAGGUAUUAUCUACGCUAUUGCCAAGCCCGAGGUUUACCAGAGCAUGAACUCUGACACAUUCAUCGUCUUCGGUGAGAUGCAGGUUGAGGACAUGGCUGCCCGUGCCCAGGCCGCCGCCGCUGAGCAGCUCGCUACUGAGGCCGCCUCCGGUGAGGUUGAGGCCCCCGCUGCUGACGCUGUUGCUGAGGUUGAGGAGGAGGAGGAGGAGGUCAGUGCCGAGGGUGUCGAAGAGAAGGACAUUGAAUUGGUUGUCAGCCAGGCCAACGUCUCUCGCAACAAGGCCAUCAAGGCCUUGAAGGGUAACAACAACGACAUUGUCAACGCCAUUAUGGAAUUGACCAUGUAAUUACAACAAAAACAAACAAAACAAACAAAUAAAUAUAAUCACCUAUAUAUAUGUAUAUUAUUUUAUUACAACUUGUUUUUUCUACAACGUAUAAAUGAUAUAAAACAAAAAAGAAAUGCAGUCCAAAAAAUAUCAUUUACACGC